AAAUGAGCACAGCAUAGUCGUUAUAAUAAUUCGUUCGGAAAUUAUCCGCAUCCUUGAUUGUUAAAAGUGACAAGAUUCCAUUGCGCAGUAAAAAAAACAUCAAACAAAAUGGCGUCAUUAUCUAGCCUACUGCCAGCUCCCACACAGCAAGUAUGGGACCGAGAUGACGAAAUAAAAGCUAAGCGCGUUGGAAGCGCGCUAGUUGUGUCACAGACGAGUGUACCUCCUUACGGACAGAGGAAAGGAUGGGUGCCUCGCAGGGAAGAGGACUUUGGAGAUGGAGGAGCAUUCCCAGAGAUCCAUGUGGCUCAGUACCCGCUGGGCAUGGGCAUGAGAGGCAAGGAAAGCACCUCGAAUGCCCUGGCAGUGCAGUUAGAUGAGUCUGGGCGUGUUAAAUACUCGGCAAUAGCAAGGCAGGGUCAUAGUGCCGAUAAGAUCAUAUACUCCAAAUUGACAGACUUGUUACCGUCAGAAGUUUUGGCGGAAGACGACCCCACACUCCAGAAGCCAGACCAAGAUGACAUUCAGGAUAUCACAGAGAAGACUAAACAAGCUCUGGAGAAGUUAACUAAUGCUAAGAUAUCUGCAGCGAUGCCUGUGAAGGCAGCGCAGAAAGCAGCACCAGCGCAAUACAUCCGAUACACGCCCGCGCAGCAGGGAGGCACGUUCAACUCCGGCGCAAAGCAAAGGGUCAUUAGGAUGGUGGAGGCGCAGUCGGACCCGCUGGAGCCGCCGCGGUUCCAGAUCAACAAGAAGAUCCCGCGCGCGGCGCCGUCGCCGCCCGCGCCGGUGCUGCACUCGCCGCCGCGCCGCGUGUCCGUCAAGCAGCAGCGCGACUGGAAGGUGCCGCCCUGUGUCUCACACUGGAAGAACGCUAAGGGUUACACAAUCCCCUUGGACAAGCGUCUAGCAGCGGAUGGAAGAGGUCUUCAACAAGUACACAUCAACGAGAACUUCUCCAAGCUAGCCGAGGCGUUGUACAUAGCUGACAGGAAAGCUAGGGAGGCUGUGGAGGCGCGUGCGCAGCUCGAACGUCGUUUAGCGCAGAGGGAAAAGGAGAAGAAAGAAGAACAUUUGAGAAUGUUAGCGCAGAGGGCCAGAGAUCAUAGAGCUGGCAUCAGAGCGCCAGACGAGGAACCGGAGCCGGCUGAGAUCGACGAAAGUGGUCUCACUGUCGCAGAGAGAGACCAGCUCAGAGCGGAGAGACACAAGGAAAGGCAGCGGGAGAGGAAUUUGGCCAGGGCGGCGCCUGAUAAGAGAUCGAAGCUGGCCAAAGACCGCGAGCGUGACAUAUCGGAACAGAUCGCGCUCGGUAUGCCGGCCAAGGCGAACCAGGGAGGCGAGGCGAUGUUCGACCAGCGGCUCUUCAAUAACAGCAAAGGGAUGGACAGCGGUUAUGGUGACGACGAGGCGUACAACGUGUACGACAAGCCGUGGCGGAACCAGGACAACGUCGGCGCUCACAUAUACCGGCCGACCAGGAACGCGGACAAGGACAACUACGGAGACUUGGAUGCCAUCGCUAACACUAGAAGAUUCGUGGCGGACAAAGAGUUUGCCGGCACAAGCAGUACGAACACUCGCGCCGGGCCGGUGCAGUUCGAGAAGGAUGCGCCGAACAGAGAAGAGCCGUCGCGCAGCACACAACCGGAGGCGGACUUCGAUCCGUUCGGGCUGGAUCGGUUCUUGAGCGAGGCGAAGCGCGCCGACAAAUCGGGUCGCAAGCGCGACCACCACGACCGACACGACACGCACGCCAAGAAACGACGCGAUUAAACGAUAGUAUGCAGUUUAGUGCCUUUUGUGAUGUGAAAUAUAAUAUUAUAAGAACAGGAACAAUAUUCCUGAUAGUUAAGAGAGCAUGCGACGUAAAUAAAUGUGAAUCAGUGUUUAACUUCAGAGUAUUUGACUUAAAUAAUCCUCUCCCAUAGCCUUCAUAUUGAUGUUAUAAAUAUAAAGGUUUUGUGAACUGUUAAAUGGAUAUAAUUUGAAAUAUAUCAUACAGGGUCGUUUUGACGUUGCGUUACUAAAUGAAACUAUAUACUUAUGUUCUUGAAAUAACACUGUAAUAAGUUACUCGAAACGUAGAUGUAAUAAAAAAGGGUAUGUUUCGAACAAAAUAAAUGCUGAAAUCAUUUUUAUACGCCUUCAUGCCACGACUAGUGUAAUAGAAUUCGUCGCAAGAGCAUCACACUUCCAGUCAGAAAUAUACACGUCAUAUUCUCACGAAACUACAAAAUGAUAAAUAAUAAAUAAAGUGAUACUAAGAUUUGGGGUGAGCAUUCUGAUUAUUCAUUAAUAAUUUUUGUCACAAUGUUAGCAAAGAUAAAGUAUGUGGUUUUAUCCCCUACCAAAAAUCAGUACAGAUUGUCCAUAAACUGUUGUUAAACACUGAUGUAUGUUUCUAAGGGCUAAUUUUUCAAUCAUCAGAUAAACAUUUAUCACUUUUAUAUAACCUGAUUGAAUAUAAAAGUAAAUUGACAUUUUUAAACAUAUAACUGUCAUUUUUGUUUUUUUUUUUAACAUUACAUACGUUUGAUUGACAAGAUUCUGUUUAUACCAGAUGUUCCCAAACUUCUUUUUCUCAAAGACCCUUUUCAAAAUAUUGCUGGUUCUGGUGAAACUUUUUUCAGGUUACGCAGAGAAACUGCAUUACAACCACCGCCCAGCCAUUACGGGGGAAUAUGUUGAGGUCACCGUGCCUCUUAUGACCCCUAUCAAUAUUAUCUGCCUACAUUGAUAGGUGAAGCCAAGCAAACAUUUUAGUACUUUAUUUUCAAACCAGAUAAAUUUUCGUGCUCUUUGCUUACGAAUUGUGGACCCAUUUUUGGUCACGCUAACGUAGACCGUCAAGUUUCCCGUGGACCCGUAGGUCCGCCUGGACCACUUUGGGAAUCAAUGGUUUGUACGAACAUACCGAACUUUCGGGUGAGCGCUUUAGGCACUGGCAACCCUUGGAAUGAAGUCACCAUGCUGGCAAUCUUACUAACGGUCACGAACCUCGGCUCAGGUCGGUCACAUUUUGUUUUAAUUAUAAUUUAUCAACAUUUCAGCCGGGAAUCGUCCACUGCUAGACAUAGACCUCCCCCAUUGAGCGCUACAGGGACCGGUUCUGGGCCGCCCUCAUCCAUCGGACUCCGGCGACCGUCACCAGGUCGUUCCAUCUCGUGUGGGGCCUGCCUACUCUGCGUCUUCUUGCUCGACUUGAAACACUGCGGUAGUCGGGACGGGAUGAUAUGUCGGAGCCUCAAUUAUACUUUAUACUUCCAAUAAAUUUGAUCUGAUUGAGAAAUCAGCCCCAAGUAGACUUGUUUUGAUCUCUUAUCUAUAAGGAUUUUUUUUUACUUUCUUAAAGUUUCUUACACCUGAAACAGCGUUAUUGAUGCAAAUUGUUUUUGAGCGGGAGUGAUACCAGACCAAGGUACGGCUGUAAGGAACUUUACCAUUAUGAAGUUAGUUGCAAGCUAGAUUUAAUUUGUCAAUAAAGUGUUAUAUAAUUA